GAGAUUUUUAUCUAAUAUGAUCACUCAGAAAAUAACAAUGAUUCUUGCAAAAAUAAAUAAAUUUCCGACCAAUAAAUUAAAAUACUGCAAUUGCUUCCUUUGUACUCCAAGUAAACAAAAAAGAAAAUACAAAAGCGGUUAACAUCUCCCCCGACCCGAAAGCACCUCCACCUCCGAUGGAAACGCAACGGUCAAAAACGAACGUGGAAUCGCCCGAGUCACCAACUCACUCCCCCACCUCCCCUGUUUCAACCCCACCCAUCUCUUCUCCACCUCCUCCUCACAUCCCCAUCGAAAUCGUGAGCGAAGAAGAAAUGGCUCUCAUCGAAUCCGCCUUGGCUUUUGCAACAACUCGCUUCUCGACUCAGUUGCAUAAGAACGCAAGGUCUAUCCACUCCAUCUCCGUUUUAUCCAAAAGAAACGUGUUGGCUUCUGAUAUUGAAGAUUGUGGGGGGCAAAAUAAGCAGCAGAAGAAGAAGUUUAGAGUGAACGAGUCGUUGUUGUAUCGGUUUCGGAGGAAGAGAGGCUUGUCUGUUACUGAUAUUACAGCUUCGGAAUGGUGUGAAAAACAAACAGAAUUAUCUUUUCAUCAUGGCAAACCAAAGGCCAGUAAAGCUAUGGAAGCUGGUAAAGCUCGCCAUGAAGUUCUUGAAAAAGAGGUUAUAAGGAGAGUAAAAGUUCAGAUUGAAACAGCUGAAGACGUAUGGGCCUUAAAAGUCUUGAAUUUCAUUCGCGGUAUAAACCAGUUACAAUUUGAUGGAUUGACACGGGAGGUGCCCAUAAUAGGCUUUGCACAUGGUGUAUGGAUGGUGGGAGUGAUUGAUGAAAUCCGAAUGCCUCUGACAGGAACUGAGAGGAAUUUAACUUUGGUGGAAACUAAAACUAGGUCACAUGCUGGAUUCCCUAGAGAUCCUCAAAGGAGAAAUGGAAGGCUUCAAUUAAUGUGCUACAAAUAUCUGUGGGACAAUUUAAUUACUAAUAAAUUUCCCUACAAACAGUUUCUGAAUUUCUUUUCUCUAAAUCCCAAUCACAUUCUAUGUGAGGAUAUAAGGGAGAAUACUGCAAAGUCAGGUUUCCCUGCCCAGACUCUUAAUGAAUUAUUGCGGUAUCAUCAAACUACCUGUUCCAUGUUGCCUCUGGCCCAUGAACAGAUGCUUCUGAGAUAUGAGUCUCAGAAAGAUCAUUCAUUGAUCGGUGAAGACCAAUUUGAAUUUGAUUCUGACUGGGUCAGAAGUCAAAUUAAGUGCUCUCUUGAGUUCUGGCAGGGUGAAAGGGAUGCCACUUACAUUCCAGAUGAUGAACGCUGGAAAUGUAAUUAUUGCCCGCAUUCUUCUAAAUGCCCUAUAAAUACGAAGUCCGAGGAUGAUACACAGUCAAUAGAAAAGAUAUAACUUAUUCAUGAUAUUUUUUCAAUAAUGUCAACAGCAUUGGGCUUGACAAUAGCAAUUUUAUAUGAAGCUUCUCAUUGGCUGCCAACGAGCACCUUGCCCGGCAGUAGAAAGUAGAUUUUUGUCAUCAUCAGCAACUCGGCAUUUCUUGACAGCACAGACAAAAUUGAUUGAGGUUUACUUCCGGAAAGUCUGAAUGUUGCGUGGAUCUGUUGUAAGGCCUAAGGCGUAAUGUUUCUUUCUGAGUGAAGAUUUCAGGCUGAUCUCAUAUACAAACAUUUGCAUUAGAUGUAUAGUUGUAUCGUUUAUUAUUCAUUGUAUUUAUAAAUGUUUGUAUCUGUUGCAUAAAAUGUAUAAAAUAAAAAUUAUAAUUGUGUACC